AUGUCCCUCCUCCCGAGGGCCCCGGGCGGGGAGCGGGAGCGGGAGCAGCCCCUCGGCCGGGCGGCCCCCGAGACGGAGUGCGGCAUCUGCUGCGAGAGCUUUGACGGGCGCGGCCGGCGGCCCAAGGUGCUCGGCUGCCGCCACCAGGUGUGCGCCCGCUGCCUGCGUCGGAUGGCCGAGGCGGGCGGCUCCCCCGGCCGCCUCUGCUGCCCCUUCUGCCGGCAGGAGACGGCCGUGCCGGGCGAGGACGUGGCGCGGCUGCCGGACAACGGGCGCGUCUUGGCGCUGCUCUGCAAGCCCCCGCCGUCCCCGGAGGUGCUGCUCUGCCCCGGCGGGCUGGAGCCCUUCACGGACGGCAAGCACCGCUCCUCCUCGGACUGCCUGGUCAUCACCCUGCUGGAGGUGCCGGAGGAGGCGGCGGCCGCUCCCGAGGCGCUGGACCUGGUGGACGUGAUGCGCUUCUACCGGCCGCCCAGCUUGGCCUCCUUGCCCUGCCCCGGCCCGCUGCCCCUCUGCCGGGCCUGCGGCACCCAGCGCGCAGUCCCGCGGUUCCUGCUGGGCCUGCUGGGCCUGGUCUACUUCAGCUCCCUGCCGCUGGGCAUCUACCUGCUGCUGGUGGAGCGCCCCAACCUGGGCCUGGGCCUGGUCAGCCUGGUGCCCUCCACCCUCCUGCUCUGCGUCUUCUACAGCCUCUGCCAGUGCCUCUGCCAGGAAGCGUGGCCUUUCUUGCCUUCCUCCUCCUCCUCCUCCUCUUCCUCGCCCAAAGCCAUGAGCAGCCGAGGGGCGCUGUGGAGCCGGUUCUCCUUCUUGAGUCGCCGACGGGCAUUGGCGAACCAGGUGGAGACCUGGCUGAGGCUCCGUUGGCUCAGCACGGCCAGCAGGACCUUCUCCCCCUUGCUGGGGUAG